UUCCCUAACAAAAUCUUAUAUAAAUAUCACCACAAAAACUCAUCAUCUUCCCAUAAAAUUUCAACCAUCUGAUCACUCAUCUUAGCCAAGAACAACACCCCCCCCCCCUCCUUCCAAUCCUGAAUUUUAACCAACAAUCAUGGCUAUGGCUUUCAAGAUGGCGAUGACGGGUAUGCGGGUGACGGAGGAAUGCAAGAACUCGUUCAUGGAGAUGAAGUGGAAGAAGGUGCACAGGUACAUAGUCUUCAAGAUUGAUGAGAGGUCCAAGAAGCUCACUGUCGACAAGGUCGGCGCCGCCGCCGAAGGCUACGACGAUCUCGCUGCCGCUCUCCCCGUCGACGACUGCCGCUACGCCGUCUUUGAUUUCGACUUCGUCACCGUCGACAAUUGCCGGAAGAGCAAGAUUUUCUUUAUUGCCUGGGCACCGACGGCAUCAAGAAUAAGAGCAAAAAUGCUGUACGCGACGUCAAAAGACGGACUACGGAGAGCAUUAGAUGGAAUCCACUACGAAUUGCAAGCCACAGAUCCAACCGAGAUGGGAUUCGAUGUCAUUAAGGACAGACUUACGUAAUUUAUUAUUAUUAUUAUUAUAAAUCAAAUCAUGUUUUGGAAUCUUCUAAUUACUUUAUGAGAGAUGCGGUUUCUUCA